AGAGAGCGUAGAUAAAAAUUAAAUUCCUCAUGUGCGUGUGUAGGUAGAAUAGGUUCAAUCUAAAUUUUAUAAGUAAUUUGUAUAUUAAAGAAAGAUUUAACUUUGUUGAUGCGUUAUUCUAUAUAUUUUUUGACAUCCCAGGAUUGCGAACAAAUACAGUCUGCAACAAAUUCCACCCAAGAUUACUGAGUUCACCUGAAUACAGAUCUGCGUCUAUCGCAAUAUGGCCGUCCUGUAAUGAUUCGGUGGUCAGUGAUAUUAUUGUGAUUUCAUCUCCUACGAACAAUCAACAUGGAACUGCGAGUCGGUAACAAAUACCGACUGGGUCGAAAGAUCGGUUCGGGGUCUUUUGGAGAUAUAUACCUUGGCACCAAUAUUGUAACUAGAGAAGAGGUAGCUAUCAAAUUAGAAUGCAUCAAGACAAGGCAUCCACAACUACACAUAGAAAGCAAAUUUUACAAACUAAUGCAAGGAGGAAUUGGUAUUCCUGCUAUCAAAUGGUGUGGGUCGGAAGGCGACUACAAUGUUAUGGUAAUGGAGCUGUUAGGCCCAUCCUUAGAAGACUUGUUUAACUUCUGCUCUCGCCGCUUCUCCCUCAAGACUGUUCUCCUCCUAGCUGAUCAGCUGAUUACUCGUAUUGAAGACAUACAUUACAGGAAUUUCAUCCAUAGAGAUAUCAAACCAGAUAACUUUUUGAUGGGAUUAGGUAAAAAAGGGAAUUUAGUGUAUAUAAUAGAUUUCGGCUUAGCAAAGAAGUACAAAGACCCACGCACUCUGCAGCAUAUCCCAUACAGAGAAAACAAGAACUUAACAGGUACCGCAAGGUAUGCAUCCAUCAACACUCACCUGGGCAUCGAGCAGUCGCGCCGCGACGACCUGGAGUCGCUGGGCUACGUGCUCAUGUACUUCAACCGCGGCAGUCUGCCUUGGCAGGGGCUCAAGGCCGCCACCAAGCGCCAGAAGUAUGAGAGAAUAUCCGAGAAGAAACUGUCCACGCCCUUUGACGAGCUAUGUAAAAACCACCCGAUCGAGUUCCAGCUAUAUCUGAAGUACUGCCGACGGCUGCGCUUCGAGGAGCGGCCCGACUACAGCCACCUGCGGCAGCUGUUCCGCACGCUCUUCCACCGGCAGGGCUUCACCUACGACUAUGUGUUCGACUGGAAUAUGCUCAAAUUUGGAGGCCAACGCGGCAACUACCAGGCGGCAGCCAACGACCGCACGCUUCGUCGUCAUGAACCAAAUCAAGAACAAGAAACAACGGCGGGCGCGGCGGGGCAGCCGAGCACGACGGUGGCGGCCAUCUCGGAGUGGCGGUGAGGGGCGGCGCGGGCCGCGGGUACACUCACGUUCUGUAUGCGUCCUCCUUGUAAUGUUCAUUAUUUAAACGGCGGCCGCCCGCUCGCGAGACCUACCGGAUCUUUAAGUGUGAAAUUGACGAUUUUAUUCCUUUUAUCGUCCGGCCCCCGUCUGCCGGUCGUUACGUUCGAAAAUGCUUGCUGUUUGAUAUGUGGAGUGAUUUUGCUUUUUGUAUAUAAUGAAGAGUAUAAAAUAUCUUCAUUUGGUUAUGUAUCGGAUCUCUUAACGCUUUGCCGGAUCAGAUAUGAAGAUGAAUGGGAAAGUAUUGAUUUAUUUAUUUUUCUAAUUUAACAUCUUGAAUGUCACGUGAUUGGCUGGCAAACAAUUUUUUUUAUUGAUUGAGCCGAUUUCAAUUUAAUUAAAUUGUAUGGAGAAACAGUUUUAGGAAAGACAAUUUCACACUUUUAGACGUGUUAUUUUAUGCUCAGUUGUAAUGUAGUAGAGGCGGCCGGAUCGCCCUGCGGGUGGCCGGGCCUCGAGGCGCAUGUUAUAUUGUAGUGCGACAUCUGAUCCUCUUGGGCCGCCGGCCGAGGACAUCGAUGAUCUCCCGCCAAAUGAAAUAUUCCCCGACAGAAAGACCGCGUCCCGAAAGUAUUAUAGUGCAAUAUGAUAAGUUUGUCGCGCCCCCGAAUGACUAUUUCAUUUUAUUUAAUGUUCCGAGGGCAACGGUCUGUACGGGUGAGCCGAAAGUUUUCUUUUGUAGCACGCCCGAACUGGCCGAGAGUUAAGUGGUUGACUCGAGAAUAAUUUGAAGCGGUUGAAAUUGAUUUUGCUGUUAAGAAACAGUCUUCCAUGUUUAUUUAUUCAUAUCCUUUGCUUUUAAUCUUCGCAUGAAGUCUAACAUACUGUUGUACCUUUUUCUAGCCAACUAUAAAAAAAAACGCUUUGAGGUUUUAUUAAAAAAUAAAAUGAAUAGCUAAUAAACUGCAAGUUUAUCGUCUUUCAAAUGACACGUUUUUCUAAAUUCAAUUUGACUAUUAAUUGCGGUAGUGAAUUUCACUUGAAUUGGAUUUAUGUUUUGUAUUCCGUAUGUCUACACUUAUCUACAACAUGAUGAAUUCAAAAAACCACAUUGUUUCUAGUUACAGAACAAAAACUUCAUGAUCUCAUCUUGAUUACCAAAUUGACGAUUUGUUCUUCGAUUGUUCUGACUCGUGAAGUGGUUACCAAAUCUUUAACCUAGACAAUUAAUGAAUGUACAAUAUCCUAAACGCCUUGUAUUUACGUAUAAAUAAUUGGUCCUUAAAAGUUAGUACACUAAUUUGUUUUUUUCCGUUCCUAAAUACUUAAUUCUAAUCCCCUUACAAUCUUGCGCGGUUUUUUUCUUUGAUAUUUAAUGACACUCGCCUAAUUUUUAAAUGCGUUUCACUGCAUCUUACUUUCAUAAUCCAAAACUUCCCUAUUUACCUACUUUUGUUUAAACAACAUAUAAAGUAAGUUGUGCAAUAUUAAUCUGUUUUUUUUUUUAAUUUUCAUCAAGCAAAAGAUUCCGCUCACCGCCAAUUAUAUAGAACGAAAUUUGUAAAUAUAUCAUAAGAACCGCGUGUAAACGAUAUUGUGCGCUAUCAGUAUGUUCAUGCGACGGAUGUAUCAUUUAAUCAUACUGAAAAGACGAGUGAACCAGAAUGGACCACACUUUUUUUAUGUGACUGAGAAUAGGUUCAAUUUUAUGUAAAUAUUAUAAUUAGACUUGUGUUGGGUUAAAAAAAGUUUCAAGAUAUUAAGCGUUUAGUUUUUAAAUCAUUAUGUAUAGUGGAUAUCCUAAUGACGAGCACUUCGAGUCCUAACCCUGAAUAAUGAUUUUACUUUGAACGGUAAUCUUGCACGUUUUGGCUGCAUGUAUAUUUUAGUUGAAACGACAGGGUAUGUAUUGGCAUUUUUUAUUUAGGUAAACAGUCGGUGAAUGGGAGACACAUUGACGAGGUACCUAUCUGUCACUGCCAAUAAAAACUCCAGUACUCGUAAUUGUGGGGGGCUGAUGAACUAUUUUUGUCAGCCAGUGUGUUCUGAAACAUUGAAUAUAUUCCUGACGCUAACUAAUUCUUUGGUACUCAUCUCUCAUUGUUUUCGAACGGUAUCAAAGUUUAACAUAACUCAAUGUUUUUCGUAGAUAUUUUGUAGUCGAGAAGUGCGUGAAUAAAAUAUCCAAAUAAGUUUUAUGAUAUUGUGUUACUAAUUCUUAUGUUAAUAUACUAUGUAGUUCAUGAUAUCUGUUGUCCAUUUUAUUAACAAGGGCGAUGCCGAAUGUACUGCGUAUGGAGAGUUCAUAGAAAAACUCUUAUAGUCCUUGUAUUUCACCAAGACGUCGACCUUAACUAUUAUUAAUAAGACUCUAAAGUCUAAUUUUGUUAAAUGCGAGACGUCUUUCGUGCAAUACGAGGGCUAUAUUUCCAGUGACAUCACGGCACCGCCGUACCCGCAUUAUGUAAGAGUGCGUUACAACAGACGAAAGAUUUGGACUUAAUUUUGUAUAUAAUAAUAUAAGAAACUUAGAUAAGCUGACACACUGUUUUUUACAAUAUCUUAGGUAAUAGUGGUAAAUACAUAACUGUUGUAGCGUUUAAUGCCUUCCAAAUUAUUUUGCUGUUAUUGUACACACCUUUGAUUGCGUCUAAUUCUGUGUAGUAGCCUGUUACGUGCUGCGUGUAAAUAUUAUUGAUUUAAAUUCGUUGUUGUAAUGCUCUGUCGAUCGCUUACGCCCGAGAAUUGCAGCGCUCAGACAAAAUUAUUGUAACUAACCUCCGAUAAAUCAAUGUAAUUAUAACUGAGAAAAAAAGUCGUCUUGCAACGUACAGGCAAUCCGACGGGCAAAAUGACUUAACUGUUUAUAUGUCUCACUCAUGUGAGGGACCUUCGCAUGGGUGCCGAUCGAUCGAUAGACCUGUGAAGUACUGUGCAAUCAUAUUACCUACAUUAUGUAACGACGACGCGAUUUAUCUAGUACUGCCGCAUUUAGAUAGAUACAAACUUCUUAACAAAUUAUUUGAACUGAAUAUUCCUUCACUAUCUAAAACUAGUAACAACAAUUAUAUUUCUUCGAGUA